CGAAGAUAACAGAAUAACUAACAGAUUUUAACAUAAAUUAAACCAACGGUACGGUGUGUGGAACAGUAAAUUGUUAGCAUUAUUUCCUUGUUACUAAAUAUUUCUGUUUAUUUGCGUUUAUUUAUUAAUUUUGCGGAUAUUAUAGUGUAUUUGUGCGCACCUCUUAAGAAAACAAGCAAAAAAUCAAGGGUGAGGUCGAGCAAGCAUAAUUCGUGACGCGAAUACUAAAGUGACGGCAAUAAUCGACGCCAUUUUUUAACAUAUGUAUGUAAGACUAAUUACCUAAAAAAGUGUUUGGUAAAGAAAAGAGCUGGUGUGAACAGAAGCAGAGCUAAAUGAGCUUAAUUAAUUUCCUGAAUUCCAAAUUAAAGCCUUCCGUAGAAUGCGAAGCUCUAUGUGAAGAUGGUUAUUCUGCAAACAAUUUGAUUGCAGACGAUGCAGAACAACUUUCACGAGGCUUCCUGGCCUAUGCCGUUUCUAAACCCCCUGUGGAGAUUGUAUUUGACUUCCCCAAAGCUGUUGAAGUGAAGGUAAUCAAGUUAUGGAAUAGCAAUGGUGCUUUACGUUCGACAGCUUUUGAGCUACAUGGCAAGUUCGAGGGUAUUUGGGAACGUGUUGCCUAUGCUCGUGACCUUGCUGAGGGCGUCGACUCUGUAACGUUUUGCUAUCAAAGUGAUUAUAAUUCCCGUAGUAAUGCGGAAAGUGCGGCUACUCAAGCACAAAGCAAAAAAACAUUUUUCUUUAAGACAGCGCAUCGUUUACUGUCCAACGCUAGUAGUUUGAAAAUAAUAAUUUGUGCUUCAAAGCGAUGUCCACCAGUGCUGCGAAAAAUCGAAGUAUGGGGCUUGCCUUCUCGAUCAUUGGAGAAAGCCGAUCGUGAACUUGUUAAAACAAUCUGGAGUGAGAUAGUCAAUCCACAUGGUUUUCAAACGACAGAAGAGAGAAAUCGUCGCUCACCAACGCGUAGCAUACCAGAAUUAAAUGAGUACUCAACUUUGAAAAUACCAGAAGAGUUUCUCGAUGAGAUCACCUGGGAGCUAAUGAUUUUCCCUACUGUACUUCCCUCAGGUAAAAUUGUGGACCAAUCCACAAUAGAUAAGCAUUCUGAAGUGGAAGCUAAAUGGGGCCGUCUGCCAUCGGAUCCUUUUACUGGCCUUGAAUUUACCUCACAACGCAAAGCAAUUCUCAACCUUGCCCUUAAGGCACGCAUAGAAAAGUUCCUUAUGGAAAAUUCCGAGCACUUUAAAACAGUGCCACGUUCUUUAGGGAGUUCCUUUGUUCGGCGCAGCAAAAAUCGACAUGCCUCACAGUUUGCAAGCUUUUGCCAACGUCACAGUUCUAGUAUCGGUACUUACUCAUCAUUAUCGGCGGCAUUUUACAAGUCUUCUUCUCAAGCUUCCGCCACAGCUACAUCAUCAUCAAUACCGCCGCCAAAACGGCCCAGACUUAGUGAUAACACCACAUAUCGACUGGAAACAUCCCUUACUUCUACAACAACGCACACCACUUCCAGUACUCCAUUAUCACUUUCCUCAAAGUCAAUGCCAUUUUCUGUGGCCGCUUCAUCAGCCUUAUCGACAGCAUCUUCCACUCCAAUUCCGACAGGCAUUAAUCACGCCAUUCAACAAGCAUUGAAAAAUGUUACACGCUAUACAUGUCCGCCCGCAGAAACGAAACCAGCCACAUGUAUAAGCUGUCAGACGGAACAUUUCUCAUAUGAAAUUGUUACAUGUGGGCAUCUGGUAUGUCGUGCUUGCUUAGUACAGUUAACUAAGGACGAAAUGUGCACAUGUAAGGCGAGCUUUCGCACAGUCGAUGUGGAGCGUUACCAUAAAUUGUAAGCGUUCACGCAUUUGGCGAUGUUAACAUACGAACUGAUUAAUGAGCCUAAAAGAAGUCAUUAAAGUGCUAGUUUUGUUUUAUAAUUUGUCUCAGUUUUGUUCGGUCACUGUUAUGAAUCGUUGGCAAAGUUAACUGGGCGGUUUGGUUAAACAAAAACUUGUACAAUUUUUGUUAACGUCGUCCAAGUGAAGGAAAUUAAAUAUUGUUGCAAAGUAUUUCAAAAUGCUCACUUAGAGCAUUAUUAAAAGGCUUUAAUGAAACAGACUUUGUGAUUCAUAUGAUUCAUACGCUUAUGUUCAUAAAUACAUUGAUAUUUUUUUAUUAUUAA